AUGGAUGGCGUGAAGAAAAUUCAUUCGGGGACUCUUUACCGUAACGGCCCAGUGGACGGCGCGUAUGGUCCGCAACACAGCCCGGUGUCGCGGUCGGACGCCUCCACAGAGGACGCGGAGCUUUCCGCUGCGCUUGCGCAUCAGCACCAUCUCGCUAUGCAGGCGGGUGAAUAUCCAGUUGGCGGUGGAGUGGAGGCAGAAUAUAGUCAGUAUGUGUCGUCCCCGGCGGCACACUACAAUCACAUGGGACACCUCACUAUGGCACCAUCUCAAAAGUACCCUCACGUUAUGGAAGCAGUGUCGGUGGGCAGCGGGUACGCCGGGGGGGUGGGGACGGGUGCGGGCGCGGGUCACUACGGAACGUACGCGCAUUAUGGCGCCGCGUAUCCCGCGCAGCCAUAUCUCGUCGAUCCGCAGAUGCCGGCGUACAUGACGCAGGAGUAUGUAGAAGGCGGUGGCAGUGCGUCACCCCGUAGUGCUUCGCCGGGUGCCCUGCCAUCUCAGCACAAUUUACAUCUGCAACAAAGAUAUGACUCGUCGUCCCUCGAGCAGUUGGGUCGACACUACUGUGUGACGUCACCGAGGGGUGAAUACGCAGCGGACGCGUAUUCGUAUCAACACUACCCCACCGCUAUUGACCCGCAACACCAUCCCGCGCAGGCUUUUAAGGAUUCACAAAAUGGCCUAAGUUUAGGAAGUACCGGCGGACAGUCCAUGUAUGGUGAUGAAGAAGAGUUGCAAAAGCAGAUGGCGAACAUGGCUUUAGUUCACGGUGGUGUGGGGGUUGGCGUCGGUCGGGAGGAGGGCGGAGGCCUACAGUGGAGGGAUCCCAACUUGCCCGAAGUGAUCGGCUUCCUCAAUUCCCCCUCGGACGUGGUCAAAGCGAAUGCUGCGGCAUAUCUACAACAUCUGACGUAUAUGGACGAUCCCAAUAAACAGAAGACCAGGAGUUUAGGUGGAAUCCCACCACUAGUGCGUCUGGUAUCACACGAGAAUCCCGAAGUAUCGCGUAACGCGUGCGGUGCGUUACGUAACCUGUCUUACGGCAGACAAAAUGAUGAAAACAAACGGGCCAUACGAGAUGCUGGUGGUAUACCGUCUCUAAUGGCAUUGCUCUGUAGGACUUCAGAUAUGGAGGUUAAAGAGUUGGUGACAGGCGUUAUAUGGAACAUGUCAUCUUGCGAGGAUCUAAAGCAAUCUAUAAUAGAUGAUGCAGCUCAAGUAAUUGUGAACAAAGUUCUGAUCCCGCAUUCCGGCUGGCACCCAACUAACCCUGGCGACACGUAUUGGUCUACGAUAUUCCGUAACGCGUCGGGUGUGUUACGUAACGCGUCAUCAGCGGGCGAAUACGCACGGCGGCGACUACGUUCUUUGCCCGGGCUCGCUGAAGCGUUGCUGCAUGCUGUACGCACUGCACUUAACGUAAACGCUAUCGGAACGAAAAUAAUUGAAAACUGCGUAUGCGUUCUGCGUAAUCUGUCUUAUAGAUGUCAAGAAAUAGAAGAUCCAUUAUACGACACGAGAGCUCCACCAACGCAAUCGACAGGGCAGGCGCGGAUACAAGCAAGCGCGUCUAAAGGAGAGAAUCUAGGCUGUUUCGGUGGUAGUAAGAAGAAGAAGGAGGGUUCUUCGUCUAAUUCAACCAGUCCUCUUGGUAAGAGUGAUGGCGAUUCGCAGCCCAUUGAGACUGGAACGAACUCGCAAUUGGGGUACACUGUACCAAAAGGAACAGAAAUGCUCUGGUCACCGGAGGUGGUCCCGUUAUACAUGGCAUUACUUCAAACGUGUUCUAACCCUGAGACUCUGGAAGCUGCAGCUGGGGCACUGCAGAAUCUGGCCGCAUGUUAUUGGCAACCUUCUAUUGAUAUAAGGGCUGCGGUUAGGAAAGAGAAAGGUCUACCAAUUUUAGUAGAACUCCUGCGCAUGGAAGUGGACAGAGUUGUUUGCGCAGUGGCCACUGCUUUGCGCAACUUAGCUAUAGAUCAACGCAAUAAGGAGCUGAUUGGAAAGUAUGCUAUGCGUGAUUUAGUACAAAAAUUGCCUAGUGGUAACCAACAACACGACCAGGGGACAUCAGACGAUACGAUAGCGGCAGUAUUAGCUACACUCAACGAAGUGAUAAAGAAAAGUGCAGAGUUUUCUCGCUCGCUGUUAGAAGCUGGAGGCGUAGAGCGACUGUUAAACUUGACCAAGCAGCGUCACCGUCAUACACCGAGGGUGCUCAAAUUUGCAGGUCAAGUGCUAAUGACGAUGUGGUCACACGCGGAACUACGCGAAGUAUACCGUAAGCACGGCUGGCGUGAAGCCGACUUUCUUACGCCAGCGCGCGCCGCUCAGCCGACGAGAAAUUCCAGUACUAGUGGUCAAGGCACACCUUCAUCUGGCACCACGGGCGCUCCGCAUUCGCCUAGCAACGCCAAUAGCACUCUUAGCAGACCCAUGGCUUCCACUGGUGGGACACGCUACGAGGACCGCACUAUACGUAGACAUCGAGAGAACGAUGACAUGCCGACCAUGGAAGCGAACAACUAUUCAGACGGACUGGGUAUGGGGAACCCGAACGGCCGGCCUAUGAACCUGCAGGGAGUCCAAGCUCAAAUGCCACCACCGAGCACUCGUUGA